CUGGAGGAGAAACUGAGCACAAGGAUGGCAAAGACGCUUACAGAGAGCUACAGUAUGGGAUCAGGAAAUGAGCGAGUUACCCUCGAGUGGGACAUGAUGCAGCAUGAGUUGGAGUGUUGCGGUGUUAAAGGAAACGUCACAGGGGGACGAUCUUGGUUCAUAUGGCAGUCCAGCAACUGGUUUAAGAAGCAAAAUCCUGUUAUCAUGUACGUGCCGGAAAGCUGUUGUAAAAAGAACGACUUUUUGUUCAACUGUGGAAUUUCUAAAAACAUGACUGACGAAGAAGCGAAAAGAAACUACACCAGCUUCACCCAAGAACACUCUGCUCUCUUCACAACGGGCUGCCUCGACAAAAUUGUAGAUCGAAUUCACCAGAGAUUCCAGUACAUCGCAGGCGGGCUGAUCACAAUUCUCACUCUUAUA